AUGUCACCCGUCGUUUUACUCCAUAUCCCACAAUCCUAUGCUAACGCGGAAGUGUUUAUGAUUCGUGUGGAUGAACAUGGUUCACUGAGCAUCUCUGGCAUGGACAAGUCUUCAGGAGGUGUCUGAUUGUUGGAGUGGGGAUCUGUCCAGUGAAACUAUUCAAGAGGAGACCGACACUACUGGAAGCCUGCAAGUAUGGAACAGCAAGAGGAAUGCUUCUUUGACUGUGAGGAGACAGUGCAGGAGGAUGGUAAAAUGUCAACAAAGGAUGGAAGCACAUCAGAACUCGGAGCAGGUGACAGAACUGUGAAAGAGCCACAGAAUGUUGCACCACAAAGUUCAAAGGACUCUGCUGACAGCUCACCAUUAACUGAGCUAGACAAAGAUUUUGAAGACCUAAGUGUAAAUAAACCAGAGGAAGCCCCAAGUGAGGAGGAGGAAAGCCACAGCCAGGAUGAACAGGAGGCUCUGGCUGAAGAGGACAAGGAGGAGGACUGGGCCGAUACAGAGCCUGAACUGAAAGAAGAGGUCCCACUGGAGUUUGAUGAUGUGCACCUGAAAGAGAUUGAAGAAUCUCUAACUGAUGAAGAAAAAGAGACUAAACGAAAGGAAAGUGUGGUUCUCAAGGAAAAAGGCAAUGGUGAAUUCAAAAAAGGAGAGCAUGUGGAGGCAGAGGCAUCGUACACGGCAGCCCUGCACAUUUGUCCUUUCAGCUGCAGUAAGGAGAGGUCUAUUCUCUUCUCCAACCGCGCUGCAGCUCGCUCACACCAGGAUAAGAAGGAAGAGGCAAUCAAAGACUGCACAAAAGCCAUAGAGCUGAACCCUGACUACGUCCGGGCCCUGCUGAGGAGAGCAGAGCUGUAUGAGCGGACGGAGAAGCUGGACGAGGCUCUGGAGGACUAUAAGGUGGUGCUGGAGAAGGACCCAGGCCUGCCCGUGGCCAGGGAAGCAUGCAUGAGGUUGCCUCAGCAGAUUCAGGAGCGCAAUGAGAAGCUGAAGGAGGAGAUGAUGGGCAAGCUGAAAGACUUGGGCAACAUGAUCUUGCGUCCAUUCGGCCUGUCCACAAACAACUUCCAGGUGAACCAGGACCCCGGCUCUGGCUCCUACUCCAUAAACUUUGUGCAGGGCCCUGGCGGAAACCGAAGAUAGCACACAAGGGUGGAGGGAGAGAAGCCCGUCUGGCAGAUGUGUCAAUCCCUGGUUCAGAAAGUAAAAAACCCUGCCACAAAUUUGAUCCAACCAGCUCUGAAUCAGGGGUCCGUUUCUCGAUUCUUGUCGUUGCUAACCGUCUUAAGACCGUCUUACCAUUCCCUUGGAUUCAGUGGUGAGUGUCGCUGUCGAGAGAGAGUUGAGUCGCUCUUACGAAGGACGUUGCUACCAUCGUUAGCAAAGACGCUAUCGAGAUACGGACCCCUGGAACGCAAAAUGAGAACUGGAGAGUAAAGAGAGUUAGGCUAGCUACUCUUUCACCAUUGUCCAAUGUCAAGUGUUCUAGCCUUGGUAGUACGUGGAACGCCUAGUGAUUUCAUUCUAUGCGUAGUUCACCCAAGAGUAUCCAAUCAUUGGGCUUUUCACGCACUACCAAGGCUAGAACACUUGACCUUGGGAAAUGGUCAGUCUGUCACUUGUGUUGGAAGGAAACUGUGGCAGGGUUUUUACUUUUGGAUCCGGAUUGUUGACAUAUCGGCUGCCUCAACGCAGACCCAUAAUGAUGCCACAGAACCAAAAGGCUGCCUGCCAUACUGUGUUGUGCUUGUUUUGGGGUUAUCCUGGAGGUUAUGGGUGCAAGUCAAAGUAAUUCCUCCUGUCCUUCCUUGUGGCCUGCAGCCUUGUGAUGCGAGGCUCGACGUUAUUGAUGAUCAAUGUUCAAUAUUUUGCAAAAAAAACUAAUGCUAAGGUCAUUCCCUCAUUUGUGAGAGAGAUGUAAAAUGGGGGAAAGCUCCUCAAAUGUCUCUCUGUGCUGGUUGACAGCGGAGAAACUCAAUAGUUUUCUCUCCCGAGGCAGGGCCAUGCUGAGGCAAGGAGAUAGGAGGAUCAGGACAGGAGUGGAGAAAGUAGUUUGACUUGUACCCACUGUUGAAAGGGGAGGAAUGGCAAGUUACUGUAAGUACUAUAUUUGCGCGUGAAGCAGUCUUCUCCAUGGCCAUGAUUAAGACUUGUGUUUCUGAGUGUACAUUUUGUGUAUGAAUUUAAUGUGUGUGUGUGAAUAUGACUUUUUUUUUUAAAGAAUUCUCCACAUUCAUGUGUGUAAAAGUGCAAUUACUGUUACUGGUUUUCCCACGAUCACACACGUCAGAAUACUCACUUGAGACAUUGUGUAUGGCGUUGAGAGAAAGCUCAUCUAGACACACUUAGGAACUGCAUGGCAGUUCACUGUGAGCUUAUUUGCAGUGGAAAAAAGCAUUGAAAUACUAGAACUACUGAGCUUCAUGCACACUUCAUUUUGACAUUUUGUUCAGUGCACAAACAUGACGCAAUGUACUCUCCAGAACAUCGUGAUGCACACACACACACACAGCGAUUGAAAAGGCUCUCUCUCCAAGGCCGCGGCCAUCCUCCUCCUCCGCUGAGAUUGUGGCAGCUCUACUCUCGGCAGUCGUAAUCUUGUCUUUUUUAAGACUGUAUGCCUGUUAAUAAAAGACGCCCUCUCGUUUUGAAGGUGGUUUUCACACUU